AUGAAUCCCUAUGUAACUGAUGAAGUCAGUGGCAAGUAUAUUGCUUCAACUAGAACCAAUGGGAGCUGGCAGAGGAAGUAGAGGGUCAAAGAGGGAUACCUGAUCCAAAAGGAGGUACUUGUCUAUGAAAACAAGUAUGUCAAGUUUUUCAAAGGUAAACCAGAACUUCCCCCAUCACUGAGGUUACAACUUCAACUUCCUGAGGUUACCACAGCCAUCACUCCAUCCAGCUGUAAAGGUGGUGCAACGGGCCUAAGACAGUGCAAUGUUCCUGAAGGGAAGGAAGAGGAGGAAUCAUCAAGAGAAACCGAGUUCCUAAGCAGGACUCUUGAUAAGGUGUCUCUGGGAGAGAAGGCCUAAAAGCCCAGUGCUUUCCAAAGUUCCUAGACUACCUCUCUACCUGCAUUUGAUCCGUGGGACUCUGCUGCUAUCAACCAGAAAGCCAUGAAGAAUAAGCACCCAAGGAAGAAGCUGCAGCAAUUGGAGCAGCUGCUUCAGAGCAUUCAAUUUGGGACGGUCAGUCAGCCCUGCAGAGAGCAGCUGGAAAAGCUGGACCAGAGGAAGGCUCAAGAGGAGGAGCUGGACUACUUGGAACUAAGCCUGAAAGGCUUCAGGAAUAGGGGAGUGGACUGCAGACCGUGGGGUCCUUUGGGGUCCAGGGAGUAUGAAGCACAGCGGUUAGAAAGGGUGACCCCACACUUGCUCACUUCCACCUUCUGUGGCCCAACUCUGUCCUUCAGAGCUGAGGCUCUUCAUUUUCUCCCCUUUCUUCUCAGCUCCUAUUUUUGGACUUUUCUCCCUCCCAUAUCCAGUGUUCAAAUCUCAUUGACCACCCUCAGUACCGCAGAGUCUGAUCUGGGUACUAAGUACCCCUAUGGUUGA